CGCAGAGUGGGAGGGGGGAAGGACGUUCCCAGCGUUUCGGGAGGGAGAGGCCCUCCCUGCCCUCGGUUUCUUCAGCCCAGCCCUUCGCGGAGGUGCAGUAAUUCCUGAAAUAAGGAAAAAAAGAAGUCAGUGAAGAAGAAUAGAAGAUGAAUAAUCUUUCCUUUGGUGAACUAUGUUGCCUCUUCUGCUGUCCACCCUGUCCAGGGAAAAUUGCGUCUAAAUUAGCAUUUUUACCCCCUGACCCUACUUACACUCUGAUGUGUGAUGAAAGUGGAAGUCGCUGGACCCUACAUCUUUCUGAAAGAGCAGACUGGCAGUACUCUUCUAGAGAAAAAGAUGCUAUUGAGUGUUUUAUGACUAGAACCAGUAAAGGUAACAGGAUUGCCUGUAUGUUUGUGCGUUGCUCUCCCAAUGCCAAAUAUACUUUACUCUUCUCACAUGGAAAUGCUGUUGACCUUGGUCAGAUGAGCAGUUUUUACAUAGGACUGGGUUCACGGAUUAAUUGCAAUAUAUUUUCAUAUGAUUAUUCUGGAUACGGAGCAAGUUCUGGGAAACCAACAGAGAAGAACCUGUAUGCAGAUGUUGAUGCAGCUUGGUUGGCUCUUAGAACAAGGUAUGGUAUCCGCCCUGAAAAUGUGAUUAUAUAUGGCCAGAGUAUAGGAACAGUACCAUCUGUGGAUCUUGCUGCUCGUUAUGAGAGUGCUGCUGUCAUUCUUCAUUCCCCUCUGACCUCAGGAAUGCGGGUAGCUUUUCCAGAUACUAAGAAGACCUACUGCUUUGAUGCAUUCCCAAACAUUGACAAAGUCUCUAAAAUAACCUCACCAGUGUUAAUAAUUCACGGGACUGAAGAUGAAGUCAUUGACUUUUCACAUGGCCUCGCAUUAUUUGAACGCUGCCAAAGACCUGUGGAGCCUCUCUGGGUUGAAGGAGCAGGUCACAAUGAUGUCGAACUUUAUGGACAGUACCUUGAACGAUUGAAACAGUUUGUGUCGCACGAACUAGUGAAUUUGUAAAUUACUUUGUAGAUUUGCAUACUGUGUUUUGUUUUGAUGCUGAACUGGACACCUUGGUAAAUAACAUAAAACCUGAAGGUUUUGUUUGCAAAUCAUGUUAGUUGCCUUCAUAAAUGUACAGGUAUGAUUUGUUAACAGAAUUAAUGAAGGUUUUAAUUAACAGUAUAAGAAACUGGAAAUAACAGUAUCCUUCAGUCAAGCUAUGUAAUUUAUAUAUUUUAUGUGAAUUUUUUUAAAAAAAAAAAACAAAAAACCACCAAGAUGAGUACUGUAUGAAAUUUUAAUUCUGUAAAAAAUUAAAUGCUGUAAAAAUAUUGCCAAAUGCUUUCACAUACCAGAAAUGAAUUUAUAAAUAUUUUUAAAACAUCUCAACAUAUUAACCCUUGUUGCACUAAUGUAAUAUUCUUUUUUAAAAUGUACAUCUAAAAAAGUGCAAGUAGUUAUGUUAAAAUAAAUUGUAGUAAACACCAUGAGAACAUGCAAGUUCUUAGAGUUGACCUACACCCUGUUGUACAGGGUUAAAGGUUAAAACAGUUAUUUUGUUUCCAUUUUUGUAUCCAUAUCCUAAUGGUUAAUCUUACAUUUCCUCUUUUUGUUCAUGACAGUGUUAGAUUUCAUUUUUGCCCCCCUUGUAUUAAUUUACCAACUGGUUCCGUUAUAAAGGGAAAGUCACAGAUAACACUGAAUUUUAACUGGCUUUGAGUCACAAGGUCAGUACCAUGAGGCAACUAUUUAAAUUCUCAUUAGAAAUUUGAAAAAUGUUAGAAUCUCUAGAAUGAUUUUUGUGUGCAGCUUUUUUUAAACCUUUGAAUGAUCGUGUAGAAAUGCAGUACUCAAUAGUAUGGAAACCUGAAAGUUCAUUUAGUUUUGUUUUAUUCAUUAUCACUUACACAUUUGCUGCUGUCUCCCAUUCAGGUUUCCUUUGGCUGUUUUUUAAGUCUAGAACCUCUUGGUUUUGGCUGCCAUCUGAGAAUCUUACUGAUUUACUCCUUAGUAGAAGAGAAAGAAAAGAGAGAACAUUAACACUUUUGUAUUAACUAACGUAGUUUUUAAAAAAUGCAGAAAAACAAAACUGUAAAGUUGCCUUUUCCUUGGAUGAAUCUUGCCUGAAUAAAACUAUGAAAGAAAAAUACAAAUAAAAU